CCACUUCCUGGGAAGUUGACGGUUGGUAGCGGGGGCUGGAGUUUGCGGCUCGUAGAGCUCGGUUCUCCCGCCGUGGUCCAGCGGCGCCUCGCUGCCGCGGAGCUGGAGGCAGCGGGAGAGCGGGAGGAGCCGGGGGCUCUCAGCCAGCCCGCCCGCCAGCCGGAGGCGGGGCAGCAGGAGCGGCGGCCGGCUGCCUGCCUGACGCAGAUGGAGGCCAGCCUGACGUGCGCCGUCUGCCUGUCCCUCUUCGAGGAGCCGGUGACGCUGCCGCUGUGUUCGCACAACUUCUGCCGGGACUGCGUGCUGGAGUGCCUGGCCUCGGCCGAGGCCGCCCGGCUGCAGCAGCAGCGGGGCCAGGGGCAGGCCCGCCUCUCCCGGGGCGCGGCGGGGCCGGGCGGCGGCGCGGCGGGCGCCCGGGUGUCGUGCCCGCUCUGCAGGAAGCUGUGCCCGCUGCCCCGCGGCGGCGCCGCCGCGCUGCCCGUCAACACCACCCUGGCCGAGGUGGUCAAGCUGUACCGCUCCGGCACGGCGGGGGCCGCCAAGGCGGGGGAGGGAGAGCCGGCGCCUGGCCUGCUCUCCCCGCUGGCCCUCGGGGGAACCUGCCAGAAGCACCCGAGCCGUCCGGUGCAGCUCUACUGCCGGAUGUGCCGCCAGGCGGGCUGCGGGCAGUGCAUCUCUGAGGACCACCAAGGCAUCUUCCACUCCGUCAACCUCAUAGACACCGUGUACCAGGAGGAAAAAUUAACCUUCUUCAGCAGUCUGAAAAAAAUGAGAAUAAUAAAUGAGAAGCUGAUGAAUGAAAUAUCAAGUCAACCAAAUGAUACAGAUGUGGUGCUGAACAAUGAUGCAGAUAUAAUUGCACUGGAAUUUGGAGAAAUUUUCAAAACUCUGGAAAAGAAGAAAUGGCAAUUGCUAGAAGAUGUUGAAAAUCAAAGAACAAAAAAGGAGAAGGAAUUUCAGAUUUGGAAGAAAAUGAAGGAAGCUCACAAGAAGACCAUUGAAAAUUUUUUGAAGGAUUGCGAUAAGCUUGUCCAUGAGUGUGAUCCUCAGCGUUUCCUGGAGGUGGCCUGUGGCUUGAAUACAAGAAUGAAGACUCAGCUUGACCUGAUGAAUAUAGCAUCCAGCUAUGAAAAACCACCAGAGUAUACUCAGAAGAAGAUGGAUAUCAAACCUGUGGUUAAUGAAAUCUUGGCUUUGAAGUUAAUGCCUGUUAAUGUAGGCAUUGUUAAAGAUAUACCUUCUGGAGGAACUGAGAACUCAACAAAAAACACUCUGUUUAAAACUAACACAAAGCAAUGGCGGGACCAGAAGAAUAUAACCAACACAUUUCUUCCUGUAGCAGGGCAGGAGGAAGCCCUAUCAGAUGGCAGCAGGAUCUGUACUCGCUUAAUGUCAAUAUCAGAAAUGUCAGCGUUUCAAAACAUGAGUCACGAGGAGUUACGUUAUAAAUACUACAUGGAAUGUCAGAAGCUCACCAGUGAUUUCAAGACACAGACUUUACCUGCGAAUAAAAAGUAUAAAUUUGUAACUGCAGAGGCUUUGCAGGAUAGGUCCUCAGGAACUGAUUCUGUGUCUUCACCUACCAAAGCAAGUAACAGAGACACAGUGAAAAUGGGAGCCCUGCAAAAAACAGAUGGCUUUGAUGGGAGAAGCUUUUCUGGAGCCAGUAAUCACAGCACCCCAUCCACAAGUAUUAACUUUACUGAAACAAAUGGUGACUUAAAAUUACUCCAAGAGAGAAGUUCCCAGGAAGUAACCACUCCAGCCUUACCAGAAAACUCUGAAGACUUAGUAAUGAAAGAGAAAUUACCCAUUCAGGCAUCAUCAGUUACUGUUUCCAACAACAUAGAUACAAAUUCUGGCAUUUCAUCUGGCUUAAAAACAGCAGCACCAGAAGCUGUUAAUGUUUCAAAUUCAGAGUUUCUAGAUAUUUCUGCGGACAGACUUUCUGCUUCACCUUUUGCUUUCAGUGCAUGUAAUAACUCAUUACCCAGAUUUAUUAAAGAUGGAUGUACAUCUUCUUUUAAAAAGAAGGAAAGGAAAUAUGUUUUCCCUCAGUUUUAUCUAGGAAAAUGUGAUCAUGCAGGUAAAACUGAUAGCCAGGAUGAAGGCAAAUUUAACAAACACGGUCCUGUAACCAAAGCCACAGUCUCUGAUGCUUCAACCAGUUCUAAUUUAGACUCAGCAGAACAAGAUAAGCCUGAUCUUUCAUUUCCCAUUGGCAAUUCAGAAAGAGAUUGUUUUGCAGAAUUGGGAGUCAGCAAUUCAUUUAAGGUUUUUCCAUUUUCCUCAGUUUUUAGCCGAUCUGAGAAGCCGUCUGACAAAAAUGCAUCAUCUCACGUGAGAGAGAGAACACUUUCUUCAAAGGAAACCACAGAAUAUGGUACACAGAAACCAUCUGCCUCAUGGGAAAAAAAAGCUAAUGCGUCAGAAUGCACCACAAAUGUAUCUUGCAGUACUUCAGAAACCAACACUGCAGCUGGGAUGAAUGAUGUUUCUGAGUCCCCUCUUCUCCACAGCAACUGUGUAUUUUCCUUCAGCAAUAACUGUUUUCGGUUGCCUUCACCAGUAUUUACAUUUGGAAGUGUCGUCAGGAAUACCUCUGAUUCACUGACUUCCUCUGGGGUUUUGUCUGGAAAUGGUACUGAACAAACAGAAAAAGAGAAGAUGAAAUCUCCUGGCAAGACACUAAGUCCAGGGAAGCCUCUGUCUGCAAAGUGUGCAGAGCCAACUUCUAGACACAGUCAUCCAAAAUGUGAAGGUUCUUUCUUUCCUAUGAGCUCAUCAAAGAAAACUGAAAGUGCAGAAAUGGUGGUUGAUUGUAAUUCUUCUUGUAGUCAGACUUUGUGUUCAGUUCUUCUUCCUGCUAAACACAAGAAUGCAUCUUCCACUUCACUCAUUACAGCAACAGAACAAGAAACAAAGGUAAAAGAUGAAGAAAGUGUUGCUGAGAGCAACUGUUCCUGUCCUGGGAGGGAAAAUGAACCUGACUCUGAACAGUUUCAGAAUGGAGCUUGUUCUGUUCCUGGCACAUUCAAUGAUCCAUCAUUAGGAGAUUCUGGGCUUACAGUAAAUGAGGCAGGAGGAAUGCCAAGUGACAGCGAUUCUGACACUGAAGAUCUAAGUCAGACAUCUGUCUCUACUGACACCAGCAGUGCAUCAGAGUAUUUUUCUGUUGCUGAAGACAAAAUAGCUACUAGAAGAAAAUCAGAGACAUGAAGAGAGCUAAAUGGAAGAUAACUAUACUUAAAUAAGCUGAAAUUAAAUAAAUGCUACUUAACACAUUAAAAAGUGGGGAUACCUGUGAUUUUUACAGCUGUUGUUCUCCCUAAUUCUUGUCAAUUGAGGUAUCUCUGAGUUAGGAACAAAUACUUAUUACCAAGUAUAAUGUACAAAAGUGAUUUUUAUAGUACAAAUCCAAACUGAAGAAAAAAACAAAAAUGUCAUGUCUUGCUAAAGAUUCAAGUAUGACAAUGUAUGCUGUGUAUUUAAGAGCACAGACCUUCUGAGAAGUACCACCAGGGUAGUGUGGUAGUGGGGCACUGAGUUGUCCCAGUGCAGUGAAGGUGCAGUGAAGCCUCAGCAAGAGGAAGCAGAAUAUUGCUGUUUCAGUAAAGCAGCACGUGCACUAGGGUUAAAUCAGUAAGAGUACAGGCAAUAGUAUUCACUUUAUAGGGAGGGAGGAAAGCCAUGGGGAAAAUAAAGGAUGUUGAAGCGCACUACUGACUGUUGCCUUGCAUAUCUCCCUUUGGCUGUUUUCUUUUUCUGCGAUUUGUUUGAUGUAUAUUGAACAUGCAAAUUCUAGUGUCAUUUCAAUAAUUUUUCUUAGCCUUUGAAAUUGAAACACCACAUGGAUGUUCUUGUUACACAUUGCAGAAGGGUGUCAGCUACACUUGUGAAAUGUUGCCUUUCAGAAAACGGUCACAACUCAUGUUCCUUUUGGCACCAGUGUGGGAAUCAGUUGACAGUUAUUAACUCAGUGUUUUGAUGAAAGCAUUAGGAGAAGUGAGCUUUUAAAACACAAAAAUCUUCAUACAAAUUUUGUGUAAGGGCAGGAAAAAAGAAAAACAGCACUUCUCACUAAGUAUAAAUGAUCCAGAACUCACUGAAUUUAUAGUCUGUGAACUAUGAUGCAAAGUGAAGAUAAAAAUACCAUCUUUUCUAAUUUAUUAACAGUUUUGUUGCAUCCAAGAUAUAACUGUUCUUUAGCUAUUAGAAUACACAGGUGGUAGUACUAUUUCAGAUUAAAGUUCUAUUUCAUUUAGUGUUCACUCUAGCAGGAACUGGUGCAGGAUUUUAAAUAAAUUAAUCCUGCAUUAGGUAGAUAUGUCAACUGGCAAAUACAAGAUCAAAACAUUUAAUAUCCCUUCAGAACAUUUUACUGGCAACUAGAUAGUCAUCUUUAAAAAAAAAAAAGUUUCCAAUUUGUCUUUGUCAUUUCAUAAGAGAAGUAUUACUUAAGUUUAAGUGUCUGCAGAGUACUUAGAAAUACUCUUUUUAGUUUAGGAAACACUGCCCUAAUUUAAAUUUUAUUUAUGUUAAACUCUUGGCCUCAACUUUUCUGUGGCAUUGCAUACUUCUUAACAUGUGCUGGAAAAUUGUUUCUAGAACUUACAAAAUUUACUAAUAUUCCCUUUGCAUCUGCAUUACAGCAAGGAAGGUGGUAAAAGUUGUUUUUGUAGUUAGGUUAAUAUCUUAAGUCCUGCUGUACUUCAGUUUUCUAUUAAGCAUUGUUCUACUUCCAUCUCUAGACAAUCCUGUCAUGUCCUUCUGCAUGUGUGGGAGAAAAGUGUUGAAAAGGUAUUAAAUUACUGGAAGACAAAGGCUGGGGGUGAUCAUAGUGGCAGAAAGUGUUACAUGUGCAGGUUGUUCUUGCUAUAAUGAAAAUGAGAGUAAUGGAACCAUUUUAGAGAGAUGGAUAAGGCAUCAAUAAAAACUUGUUCCCAGAAGGUUGUAGAAAAUGUUUUCUGCUACAGUAACAAAAAAGUUUCUAAUGAGUUCCAGUUAUUCAGAAAUCCUGCUGAGUCAUAAAAUUGCCUAUUUUUUACGUAUCUUCUGUUCAUGUCUGUUACAGUGUUUCUUGAGAGUCUAAUAAAGUUAAUUUUUCACUAAAAGACCCAGUAUCUGCUU